UGCUUGCCAUUUGUUGCAGCACUUCAGUCUUCCUCUCACCACAGUCAGUCCACGAGUAACACAACAGUGAAGUGUCAUCAGCGGUGUUAAACCGUCCUGCUUUCAACAAUGUCUCCCCACAACCAUGUCUGAUAAGGAGCGGGGUUUUUGGAAAAUGCAGUUUCAGUAGAGCUCAUUGAAGGUAAAUCACUGCGGUCUGGACGUUUAUCACUGAGGGGAAAUAAGGAACUUAGCUGACUUCACUGUUGGAGGAAGAACAUCCGUGCUUCCCUCUGGUCAGGUUCUCUCUAUGCAAAAAAUGUCGACCUCUUCCACCAACGACAGUUUGGGAAGAGGAACCAAAACCUCUAAAGUGUCAAAGGAUCACAAAAAGCCGACGCCGGCUGCCUUGAAAGGAGCCAUCCAGCUGGGCAUCGGUUACGCUGUAGGAAACCUCAGCUCCAAACCAGACCGAGAUGUUCUGAUGCAGGACUUCUCUGUGGUGGAGAGCGUUUAUCUGCCCAGUGAGGGCAGCAACCUGACUCCAGCGCACCACUUCCCAGAUUUCCGUCUGAAAACGUACGCCCCGCUGGCUUUUCGUUACUUCAGAGAGCUGUUUGGCAUCAAACCAGACGACUAUCUGUACUCCAUCUGUAAUGAGCCUCUGAUCGAGCUGACCAACCCCGGAGCCAGCAGUUCCUGGUUCUACCUUACCAGUGAUGACGAGUUCAUCAUUAAGACGGUGCAGCACAAGGAGGCGGAGUUCCUGCAGAAGCUGCUCCCUGGUUACUACAUGAAUCUGAAUCAGAACCCGAGGACGUUGCUGCCAAAGUUCUAUGGUCUUUACUGCAUCCAGUGUGGCGGCGUCACGGUCCGCGUGGUGGUGAUGAACAACGUGUUGCCUCGUGCCAUGAAGAUGCACUACAAGUACGACCUGAAGGGUUCGUCGUACAAACGCCGCGCCUCACGCAAAGAGCGGUCGAAGCCCUGUCCCACCUUCAAGGACCUGGACUUCCAGGAGAUGCACGAAGGCCUGAACUUUGACCAUGAAACUUACAAUGCUCUGAUGAAGACCCUGCAGAGGGACUGUCGGGUCCUGGAGAGCUUUAAGAUCAUGGACUACAGUCUCCUGUUGGGGAUUCACAUUCUGAACAGGAAGCCUCUGAGCAGAGGAAGCAGGUGUGACAGUAGGAAGGGACAGAAAGUCCUUUACUCCACCGCUCUGGAGUCCAUCCAGGGGAACGUGAAGGACCCCGAUCCAGUGGCAGACGACGAAACAAUGGGAGGAAUUCCUGCCAGACAUAAAGACGAGCAACUUCUCAUCUUUUUAGGAAUCAUUGACAUCCUUCAGUCCUACAGAUUCAUUAAGAAGGUUGAACACUCCUGGAAAGCUCUAGUGCAUGAUGGGGACACCGUGUCGGUUCACAGGCCCAGUUUUUACGCCGACAGAUUCCUGAAUUUCAUGGGCUCGACUGUAUUUAAAAAGAAUCAUCCUUUAAGAGGGGCGUCUUCAAAGAGAAAGAGGACUUCCUUCUACGCAGUGAGGUCAGCGUCUCAGGAGUUAUUGAGCGCACGGCGGGAGGAGAAGAAGGAGGAGAAGAAGGCUCAAAGUAUGGACAACCUGGAUGGAAAAUUUUACACUUCCUCCAAACAACCAGAUCUCCUGCCCAGACCUGCAGUUUCUUUUGAGUCCAGCAGGACUGAUGCCAAGGAUCCUGAAAGCAGUGAAGACCGACGAGCCUCCAGUUCAACGAUCGCUCUGGAGCAUCCUUUGCCGUCCUUCAACAUGAGCCAAUCGGACUCUGAGCUGGACGACUACUUGGAACAGACCCAAAAACUGUACAUGGCACAAACAACUACAUCUUCCUGGGGUCACUGGGUGUUUCUGCAUUUUCAGCGUCACACAGUCUCACUCAGGAGACCCAGCUGGAGUUGAUUGGUCGUUUUUCUUCCCAGAAUCCAUAAACUUGAAGAGAAGAGAGUGAUUGUUUCUUUGUGGCCUCCUGGACUUCUGACAUUCCAGUCUGACGGCUUCAAGACAUCCGGACUUUCUUCCCUGUUACCAUCACUCUGUGCCUCUCCUUCUUCAAACUAAAUGUGCCAAAUCACAGGAUUGUUUGUAGAAUUGUACAAGCAGAUGUAGGGUGCAGUCUGUGGUUAUGUAGCUGUGGUGCUGAACCACUAAAACACUACGAUACUGUUGUGUUUCUCCUCCUGUUUUUAAACACUGUGCGACUAAACGUUGAAGUGCAGGUACCCUUAGAUUCUGAUUUCCUGUGAAAAUGUUCAAAAACUCCUCAGAGGCUGGAUCUCUGAGAACACAUGUUGUUUUGUAACUUAAUCAGCUACAGGACAAAUAAUUAUCGGCUGUUAUUUUUUUCAAUUCAGAUUAAUAUAUAUAGAGAGCGUUGUUGACAUUAUUGUGGUUUGAGAAAUCUGAAUAAAAAAUGUUGACUCAUCUUUUGAGGCAUUCAAAUGUGCAAGGUUGAUAAAGUGUGCUGUGCGUUUAGUAAAAACUGAUUUAUCAUCUCAGUUUGCAUAAAACAUGAGGAAUUUAAGCUACAUCAUGUUUAAUUUGUUCUUAAUACAGAAUCUGCUUCCGGCAUGACAACUACGACUUGUCUUCAGUUUCUCUGUUAAACAAUAAUCAAAUAUUUUCUAACUAUAUUUCAUUCUUCAUCAUUUCAUCCGUCUCUAAGCAUUUCUCUAAAGAAUGUACUUUAAGUUCAAACGUGUGUCUCAUACAAACUGUUUUCAUUCCUUAAAUAAUGAGCAUACUGUAUGUAAUGUUACGUGUCUUCUAUUUGUUCAUGUGCCUUAAGAGUUUAUAAAAAAAAAUCAAUGCUUUGAUGAGAUGUACAGUAUAGGCUUAGAAGCUGUUUUAUAGCAAUACUUUGGACUUGUGUGCAAUAAAUGUAAUAUUGAAUAUCAAUCCUUUUUUGACAAUUAUGAUUGUGUGAGAGUGUAUCAAACCCUUCUCAUAUUUAUGUUAUAUCCAGAAAAGAAUAUAUUUAGUUACAUCAUACACCAAAUACAGAAACAUACAUAAUAAGAACGAGAUUAUCUUAAUAAAUAAAAAGCAGAUUAUCAUUUAAUGAGCACGUUAUGGCAGUGCAUUAGGAGUCCUUAUUGGAGACUUUUAGCCAUCAUAAGCAUGUUCUCAAUAUGAUAAUAUAACAUAAAGUGUGAGUACAUUUCCAGUUUCCCAGCACAUACAGAAAAAAGUAGAAUAAGAAUUAAAAACAUGCUGAAAAUGCUUGCAUGUAUAACAGGAAGAGCUAUUCUUUAAUACCGAGUCGUAUUCAGUCAUUUCUUUGCAAAUCUUUUUUUGAUCGGUACAAUUUUGCAAACUUGUGUCAAAAUGAUUCUGAGUCUCAGUCAAGUAGUCAUAAUUUGUGUAUACACAAGGGGGAGCUGUUAUAAUACUCUGUAAAGAGGCUACAGGAUGUUAAGGCUUGUGUUUUUUGUUUUUCUUGCACCUGAGUCAACUUCCGGACUAAAACCUAUUAAAAGAUGAUACAAACCCUUA